CCGGCCCUGCGGCCAUUUUGAGUUUCGCUUCCACCCGCUCUUGCUUGCCUUCUCAGCCCUUCCGGUGUCGCGCCGCUCGGGGGCUUCUUAGCAGUCCGUUUCUCCUGGAAAGUGGCUGCCGCUGCCGCCGCGGGAGGGCUCCUAUCUAUGGUGGUGAGGCCUCGAGCGGACUAGGACACCUCCUCCCCCACUAGGAUGGACGUCGCCUCAGCCGCCGCCUCCUCCUGCUCGGGCCGUACCGCACUGUGGUCUGCCGCCGGCUGCCAAAGCCGCUGCCCUGUGUGGCUCUUCUGCCGGCCCGGGGAUCGGCCUGGAGCACCCACACCGCCGCUGUGCAAGGCCGAGACUGAGUAGGCCGCCUCCGAAUCUCGUCCGACCGCCAUCCGCUGACCUCCGCGGACCUGCUUUGAGAGAUUGCCAAGAAAAAGGAGAUGGAGCCGGCGACAGACGGGUCGCGGAAACGGCCUACCCCUUGGGCGGGCUCCCGCUUCCGUCUGCCCUUUUUCUUCUCUCGGCGAUCGCAGCCAGACUCUUUCAAGUUCCCAACACCUCCCGCCCCGGAAAACUCCGGGGACCCCGCACUACCUUCCUUUGCCCAGCCCGAGGCUCGGACCAGCUACUGGACGAAGCUGCUUUCCCAGCUCCUUGCGCCGCUCCCCAUCUUGCUUGAGAAGCUGCUGAUUUGGACUCAACUUUUCGGUGGGAUGAUUCCGACUAGAUGGCUAGAUUUUGCCGGAGGCUACAGCGUCUUGAGAUCCCUGAGGGGACGGGAGGAACCAGCCGACCCCACAGCGCAGAAAUCUUUGAGUUCUCUGCGGCUCGACCCCUCCGAUCACUCGGUUGCCAGUCCCCUUGAUUGGCUAGAGGAGGGGAUCCACUGGCAGUGCUCGUCCCCAGACCUAGAAAUGGAACUUAAAGCCAAGGGAAGUGCUUUGGACCCCACAGCACACGCUUUUCUCUUAGAGCAGCAGCUGUGGGGAGUGGAGCUGUUGUCGAGUAGUCUUCAAGCCCGGGUGUACUCUGACCGGGGACUUGGCUCUUCGCCCUCCGGGCCUGUAAACGUUCAGCGCUUAAGCAAUUUCAGCGUAGUCUCCUAUUUGCUGAACCCCUCGUACUUGGACUGCCUUCCCCGGCUAGAGCUCGGCUGUCAGAACAGCAUUGGAAGUGGCGACUUAGUUGAUUUCCAGACACUAGCCCCAGGGAGCAGCUACCUGACUGAGGACCAUUGUCAUCCCCAACCACUAAAUGCAGAAAUCUCUCCAGCCUCGUGGCAGGGAUGUCCACCUCUUUCUACAGAAGGCCUGCCAGAAAUCCACCAUCUUCGCAUGAAACGGCUGGAAUUCCUUCAACAGGCUAGCAAGGGGCAAGAGUUACCCACCCCUGACCAAGAUAAUGGCUACCAUAGCCUGGAGGAGGAACACAGCCUUCUCCUGAUGGAUCUGCAACACUGCAGAGGUAACCCAACACAGUGUGUUUCCCGCACUGGAGCCAUUCCUGGAACCAUCCAGGAACCCACGGAGGAAAAAGAAUUGUUGAUUAAAGAAGUUCCACUUGCUUUGGAAAAACAGGGUCCUUCAGAAAGUUGUCCAUCUUGUGAAGUGCCUAUGGAAAAAGAGGCUGGGGAGGACCAAAUAAGUUUAGUUGACUGCUUAGACAUAGAAGAUGACCUUCCCAUUUCUGCCAGACCAGCUUGUAGUAACAAAUUGAUAGAUUACAUUUUGGGAGGUGCUUCCAGUGAUGUGGAAACGAGUUCUGAUUCAGAAGGUGAGGAUUGGGAUGAGGAAGCUGAGGAUGAUGGUUUUGAUAGUGAUAGCUCACUGUCAGAAUCUGACCUUGAACAAGACUCUGAAGGGCUUCACCUCUGGAACUCUUUCUAUAAUGUAGAUCCUUACAAUCCCCAAAACUUUACAGCAGCAAUUCAGACUGCUGCCAGAAUUGUUCCUGGAGAUCCUUCUGAUUCAGAGAAGGAUUUGUCUGACAAGUCUGAUCUAGAGAAUUCUCCCCAAACUGGAAGCCUUCCUGAGAACCCUGACCAUAAUUCUGGGGAGGAAGAUGACUGGGAAUCUAGUGCAGAUGAAGCAGAGAGUCUCAAACUGUGGAACUCUUUCUGUAAUUCCGAUGAUCCCUACAACCUUUUAAAUUUUAAGGCUCCUUUUCAAACAGGGAAAAAUUGGAAAGGCUGUCAUGACUCAAAGAGAUCAUCUGAGUCCAUUGUGGCCAUUUCUGAGUGUCACACCUUACUUUCUUGUGAGGUGCAACUGUUAGGGAGCCAAGAAAGUGAAUGUCCAGACAUGGUACAGUGUGAGGUUCUUUCUGGAGAAAGACACACGCACAUCAAAAGAAAAAAGGUAACCUUCCUUGAAGAAGUUACUGAGUAUUAUAUAAGUGGUGAUGAGGAUCGCAAAGGACCAUGGGAAGAAUUUGCAAGGGAUGGAUGCAGGUUCCAGAAACGAAUUCAAGAAACGGAAGAUGCUAUUGGAUAUUGCUUGACAUUUGAGCACAGAGAAAGAAUGUUUAAUAGACUCCAGGAAACAUGCUUCAAAAGACUUAAUGGUUUCGAGCAGCAUUAAGACGAGUUAACAGUCUGUAGCCCUAGCAUACACUACCUCUUACUUGAGAGGUUUCUUUUAAAAACAAAUAUUGGCAGCUGUCCUUUGACUUUUUUUUUUUUUUUUUGAGAGGAAAUGUAGCUCGGAUCCAGUGAUCUAGUUUAGUUUUUUUUUUGGCAACAUAUCCCACUUAGAAACAUCUGGGUUUGAAGUCAGCCCUGAUAAUGAAGGAUGAGAUAGUGUGAUUUCUAAUUCUCCCUUUUUUGAUUUAGUUGGAAAUGUUUUUAAAUGUCCUUUGCUUGUUUGAGGCGAAAAGGGGACCUUUUGAGUUGUAAUUUUGCACUUUCAAAACUUAUUUUCUUGGGAAACAAUAUUUAUAGGGCUUAGAGCCCAUUUUCAGCUCUAAUUUAAAUUACGUUUAUCUGUCUAAAAUCUUUGGGCUCUCUUUUUUUCCCCAGCAUUCUGAAAUUAAUGGGCUUUUAUGUUUUUCUGAAUUUUUUUAUUUUACUGAUUUGGCCCAUCUGCCUUAAGGCUAAAAAUAUAAUCUUGUAUAUGCUGUCAACUUGCAGUACAUUAUCUUGUGUCACUUUUUUUUUCCUUUUAAAAAAUGACUGGUUGAAAAUGUGUAGUGGAUUUUUAUUUCCAUGUUAAGUUCUGUACAUAAGGUAUUUCCAAGGACUGCCCCCAAACCUACUCUCUGCUACUUUGGGAAAGCUGCAUCUUUCUGCCAAAUUUUAACAUCAAAUAUGUUUAAUAUCUGUGCAAACUGUUCCUUGGAGAGGGUUCUGUAUAUGUUGCUAUAGUUCCCAGUUGAAUGUAGUUCUUUGUACAUUUCAAAUUGUUGUAAAACAUUCUAGGAAGUAAUAAUUACAUCAUAAUCAUUUAUUUUUUAAACAUAAAAGCCUAGAAUUUUCCUGGGAAGAAAAAAAGGAGACAUUUCAGAGUAAUUUGGUUUUGUUGUGUAUGCUCUUAACAGAAAACCAGUGUUAUUAAUGUCAUGCCUCAGCACUGUCACUUUUGAAUCCUGUCAAGGUGACGCUAUAAACUUGGAAAUGGGAAGUUCUGAAUUUUCAAGUUUGAAAUGUAAAAUGUAAACUUCAGUUAAUAUCCAGGUUUAUUGUUUUCUACUAUUUUAAUAAUGAGAGAAGUAAUGGCAAGGCCUGUACUUUCAGGAUGGGAUAGAACUAUAGAUUUAACAACUACAAAGUCUUAAUACCCAAAGUUUACUUUUGAAUUGAAGUCUUUGCAUUGACUGGUUGUGCUUGGUUUGUUUAGAUAGCUUUACAUAGUGUGCAUCUGUUACAUUGAGAGAAUGUCAACCAACUCUUUAAUGAUCUGUUUUUACUCCAUGUGCCUCCUGUCACAGGUAAUGGAAAACAUAAGAAUAGAUGACCUCUUAAUUUUCAACUUAUUUCAGUGUGGGGAUGAAGUUUUCAUCAGAAAUUCUUGCAGGGUUACUACCUCAGUUUAUAAUCUACCUGGUUAUUUUAUUUCUAUCUGGUUUGCUUAAAGAACUGCAUCCAGUGUUGAUAUAUAUAUAUAUAUAUACACACACACACUGAGAGUAUAUAUAUAUACACACACACAUAAAUACAUAAAACACACUGAGAGUGCAACACCAUAAAAGGUCACAUUUUUGCAGAGCCCUUAUUCUAGGUGUUUUGUGCACCUCCAUUUUAGGUAGUCAUAGGGAAUGCAUUUGUAGGAUUUGGCAUAAUACCGUGAAAAUAGGCUAGUUUCAAGCACCAGCUGUCAGUAGGAAAGCAGGCAUCAUUUGCCUUAAAAAGCUUUUUGACAAUGUAUACACAUUCUUUUAAAACCAGACUGAAGCAUACUGUUUAAUUUCAGAGACUUAGGUUGUAUUUUGUCUUUCUGAAAUCUAACACCUCUGCAUAGUUGAAAAUAAUGGUGCCUCUUUCACUGGAUUUUGGAAAAUUGUUCCCUUCGGAUUCUAUCCUCAUUACCAAGUGAGUAAAAUCUUGGUUAAGAAUUCUUCCAUCUACUCCCCUCCUUUUGAAGAAGUGAUCAGAUGGUGAUGAGAAGGACAGAAGGGUCCAUUUUAAAAUUGGAUUGAAGGAGAAAAACAAAAUUUUUGUUAGUUUCAUGUCAAUCCUUGUUAUUAGGACAAAGUUAAACCCCUACAAUCUUAAAAAGAAAAUCCUUGGAGGUUUUAAUUAAACAUUUUACACAUUUAAAGUCUUGUAAUGGUGCUUUAAGUGUCAAUGUAGCAUGUGUAAGACUUUGUACAGACAGGUAAAAUUUCCAUUUCUGAGUAAUUAAAUGUGAUACCAACACCUCUUCAUCUUUAACUUGAAAUCAGAACUAUCAGAUUUUAUUUUUUUAUAAUUUAAGGAAGGUGAAGUUAGGGGACUAGAAUACUUCUAAAUUGGCUUCUACAGAUCCAAUGAUUUAAAUAUAACCAGUUUGUUGGGAUUUUAUAGCUAAAAUAUU